UAGAUUAGACACAUGCCUCCCCCCUCUAUCCCUUCGCCACGUUCACGGGAAAACAUUAUUGGAACCCACAAAGGUGCACACUGCGCACCCCACACCCUCUCUCUUCCCUCAACAAAAAAGAAAUAAAGCUUUAAACUUUGCACCACCCCACCUCCUAAUUCCGCGAUCAGACCCCGUUCUGCUCAAAUUUAACUUUUUUUUUUUUUUUUUUUUCGCCCACCCAUUGGGGCUUUUGUUUGUGUAACCAAACUUGAGUUUUUGACUCUGUUGGGUUCUUUGGGUUUAGCUCUUUUUUUUUUUUUUCUUCCUUCUCAUGGCGAUUGGUCUUGUUCUUUGGCUCUUGCUGGCCAAGGGUCUUGCCUCGGAGGGUGCUGCGGGGGUCACAUUUUCUUCUAGGCUCGUUCACCGGUUCUCUGAGGAGGCUAAGGCUCAUUUGGCUUCGAGGGGCAACGGUUCUGUGCUUCAACCGUGGCCUAAGAGGAACAGCUCUGAGUAUUUCAGGUUGCUUCUUAGAAGUGACGAGACGCGGCAGAGGAUGAGGCUUGGCUCACAGUAUGAGUCUCUCUACCUUUCUGGAGGAAGCCAGACCUACUUCUACGGCAAUGAGCUUUCUUGGUUGCAUUACGCAUGGAUUGAUAUAGGGACUCCAAAUGUUUCAUUUCUUGUUGCAUUGGAUGCUGGAAGUGACUUGUUUUGGGUUCCCUGUGACUGCAUUGAAUGUGCUUCCUUGUCUGCUGAUAACUACAACAAUGUGAUGGACAGGGAUUUGAAUCAAUAUAGACCAUCAUUGUCCAGCACCAGCAGGCACCUACCUUGUGGUCAUCAGUUGUGUAAUCAAAGUUCCCAUUGCACAAGUUCUAAGGAUCCCUGCCCUUACUUUGUUAAGUACUACUCAGAUAAUACCUCAAGUUCUGGAUAUCUUUUUGAAGACAAAUUACAUUUGGCGUCUGAUGGCAGACAUUCAAUACAAAAAUCUGUGCAAGCCUCUAUCAUUUUAGGUUGUGGAAGCAAACAAACUGGUGACUAUUUACAGGGAGCUGCUCCUGAUGGUCUUCUAGGGCUAGGAACUGGGAACAUUUCAGUCCCAAGUUUGCUGGCAAAGGCAGGGCUUAUUCAGAAUUCCUUUUCAAUUUGUUUCGAUGAGAAUGAAUCUGGGAGAAUUAUCUUUGGCGACCAAGGUCAUGUCACCCAACAUUCUACAUCAUUCUUGCCUGAAGAGGGGGAAUUUAUAACCUAUAUAGUUGGAGUAGAGAGCUUUUGUGUUGGGAGCUUAUGUCUCAAGGAAACCAAAUUUAAAGCUGUUAUUGACAGUGGAUCUGGUUUCACAUAUCUUCCCAAUAAAGUUUAUCAAAAAGUUGUAACUGAGUUUGACAGACAAGUCAAUUCAACCAGGAUUAUUUACCAACAACCCUCGUGGGAGUACUGCUAUAGUGCAAGUUCACAGGAGUUGAUCAACUUUCCCCCGUUGAAACUUGCUUUCUCUAGGAAUCAAACUUUUUUAAUUCAAAAUCCCAUGUUAUUGUUUACUGGUUCUGAUUACCCAGACUUCUUUUGUUUGGCUGUAAUGCGGGUUGAUGAUGAUGACUAUGCUACCAUUGGACAGAACUUCCUGAUGGGUUAUCGCAUGGUCUUUGAUAGGGAGAAUCUACUGUUUGGAUGGUCUAGAUGGAAUUGUCAAGACACAGCAAGUCUGACAUCACCUUCCAUUGGUGGAUCACCAAACCCUUUACCAGCCAAUCAGCAGCAGAGUAUCCCCAAUGCUCGUGCUGUACCGCCUGCAGUUGCCGGUCACGCGUCCCCGAAACCCGCUGCAGCCGCACCUGGACUUACCUCUAGGCUUUCCUUAGCUUCAUUGUUAUUGAUAUGUCACCUUUGGCUUUGGUUAUCUUGUUAAGUCUAUCUAAUUUGCUUGUAAAUUUCUCUCAUGUCUAGACUCGACUUUCAGGGGUUUUACUUUUUCAAUUUUGUAGGCUGUUGUAUCUAUUGGGGUUAGUGAUGAACUUUGUUUAUUUUGGUUUAUUCUUUCUGUUGUAGUUCCUUUUAUUCUCUUAUGCAUCAUUUUAUUCUGCUAGCA